CCCCUGACUCCACUGAACAGGUCCCAGUUUGGAUGUCAGAGCUCAGCCCCUGAUGCCCUUUUCGUAGAGGCCCCUGUAGCUGAGUGAAGCUGUGUGAGCCGUGGCAGGCACAGAGAUUACAGGACCCACGUGGCCCUCCAGUCUUGGGUACUAACUGCCUGUGCUUCCUCCACAGCAGCUGCUGUUAGUGGGCAACAUGGAGCUGAAGAGAGGAAAGACCUUCAUCAAAUCCAGCCUGCAGCUUCCCCAUGAGAAACCCCAGAUCCUGGCAGCCACUGCCCAGGCCAGGGAGGAUGUCAAACUCUGGCCAGUUUCACUGGAGGGGCAGCAGAGGCCCCACAGUGAGAAGGGUCCCCUGGCCAGCCCCAGCCUCCAAGAAUUUGACAAAUUCCCCAAUAAGGGGGUACAACCAAGCCCCAAGGAGGGGCCCACAGGUCUCUACGGAGCCACCUUCAAACUGGUGCAGAAGAGCAAGACUCACGACUGUGUGCCAGAGGCUGGCACAGCAGCCACUGCUGCAGGGUCGCUGGUAGGCAGUGUCAGUUUCUCAGGGCCCCCCAGUGGGCUGACAUCUGCGGGCAGCUGUGGUGGCCAGCGCAUGAUCGACUACCGCCACUUCGUACCCCAGAUGCCUUUUGUGCCUGCCGUGGCCAAGAGCAUCCCCAGGAAGAGGAUUUCCCUGAAACGUCCUAAGAAGUGCUUUCGGAACCUGUUCCACCUUUGCAGAAACAAGACUGAGAACUUGGCCUCCCUGGCAGCCAAGGGUAAGUCCCUGUCCUUGCCCAGGGGCAAGUCAGAGGCUGGCGGGAGGCUAGACACAGCCUUCUUCCACCUGGGAGAGGGGCCAGGACCAGAUAGCCUGUGCCAGGACCUGUCAGACAGUGAGCUCCCGUCCGACUCCUCCUUUGAUCUCUGCAGAGCCCUGUGUGAGGACGUGGCCUCGCUCAAAAGCUUUGAUUCUCUCACAGGCUGUGGGGAGAUCUUUGCUGAUGAGAGCACAGUGCCAUGCUUGGAGCUGAAUGAGGGUACAGAAAGCCCAGCCCAGGAGCCCGAGUCCCUCAAGAGCAAGGUUCCCAGGGGCCCCUCCCAAGGCAGCAUGGAGCAGUUGGCAUCACCUGCCCUGAACGAGGUGUCUGACUUUACCAAGUUCUGGGACAGUGUGAAUCGCUCGGUAUGGCAGCAGCAGUGUGCCCUGCAGGGCCCAUGGCUGGGGGCGCCCCAGGAGCCAAACAUAGACCAGCCGAGGCUGGAUGCAGCCAGGCUUGCCAAGCUGCCUCUGUGCCCCUGCAGGAACCCCCAUAGUGGCUCCAAAGCCAGCUCCAUAGACACUGGUACCCCCAAGAGCGAGCAGCCAGAAUCCGUGUCCACCAGUGACGAGGGCUAUUAUGACUCCUUCUCCCCUGGCCUCGAGGAGGACAAGAAGGAGGCCCUGAGCCCAGGCACACCUGCUGCCAACAUCCCCCGGGAUAGCUACAGUGGAGACGCCCUCUAUGAGCUCUUCUAUGACCCCAGCGAGGGCCCUGUCGGCCCAAGUCUGAACGAUGACCUGUGCAUGUCUGAGAGUCUGUCAGGGCCCACACUGGGCACACCCCUGUCCAUAUGCAGCUUCCACAUGGGGGCUGAGGAGAACCUGGCCCUGCUGCCUGGCCCUGACCUGCUUGGCCAGGGUUUCCUGCAGAGCUCCUGGAAGGGCAAGGAGUGCCUGCUGAAGCUCUGUGACACCGAACUCUCCAUCACCAUGGGCAUCAUCAACUGGCUCCGCCGGGGCCCAGGAGUCCGGGCCCCACCUACCCCAGCCCCUGGGGAUUCCUCAGCCCCACCAGGCUCCCAGAGAGCCCCCAGGGGACUGGCAGAGAAGCUGGAAGCCAGCUCUUUGGAUGCAGGCUCAUGUCCAGAGAGUCUGGAAGGCAAGGGAGACCAGCCCUCAGAUGCAAUCAGGGCCACUGUGUGCUCAGCACCCCCUGGACAGGGACUGUGGACACACUCAGGGGCCAAAGGACGGCCUGCAAGAGAGAGCAAGGUCCCAGGGGUGUCUGAGUGGGGGACCUGCAGUCUUUCCAGACAUCCCUCUCUGGAGCACCUGCAGGUCUAUAAAGAAGAAGGCUUAUUAUCCUCUGUGGAGCCUGCAGCCACAGCGGCAGCAGACACUUUGGGCAAGAGCAAGGCCUCAAAUCCCUCUUCCUGGUCAGACUCCCAGAAGGAGCCCAGGCCCUCCAUGAACCUGAGGUAUCUGCAAGGCCCCUGGAGGCUGGGUCUUGGGGGCAGCACCCUAGAGCAAGAGCCCUCCCUGAUGGGCUGUGUGGCCCAAGUGGCAGCCCUCCAGGUCCAUCAGGACAGCCAGCACCAGACAGAGAGCCACCAGAGGCAGAAUGCAGGGAGCGGACAAUGUAGACCAUUCCACAGCCCACAGGACCACAGGUGCCUAAGCCAUGACCUGGGCCUGUGCUGGCCCAGAGACGGACAGAGGGGUCAGCUGGACUCCUCACUAAACCCCCACGGCCCCUCACAAGGAACUUGGGGCUUUGCUUCCCACAGCCAGAGGAAGGGACCCACCUCCACAAGUCCCACAGAUGGCCGUAGCCACUGCCUGGCCCGUGAGUGCAUCCGGUCUGACCAGCCGGAGGUGGGGAUGCACAGGCCAGCCAUGGCUGAGCCCCACCUGUAG